CCUCUCUCUCUCGCUCGCUCUCUUGCGUGCUCUCUCGCUCUCUCUCUCUCUCUCUCUCUCUCUCUCACACACACACAAACACUCUUCCAACCCUCGGUUGCCUGGCAUCUCAUUGGUUAAAUUUACAUCUAUGAGUGUUUGUCAUUGGCCUUGGGUGUUUGUGUGUGUGUGGGCGUGCGUGUACGUGUGGUGUGUGUGUGUGUGUGUGUGAGCGCGUGUGCAUUUAUAUAUGCUCAGCGUGGGUCGGCGAACUCCGGCCACAAGUUCUCAAAGUUCCUAGCAGGAACAACAGAUGCGAGCCAGUGAGUCAGACUGAGCAGAAACCAGCAAACCAGUCUCUCCAAAACAAGGGCAGUGGGAAAAGCAGAGACUUUGUGGAAUAUCUUCUGAGGAAUAUUUUGGUUUCUGUCCCAUUGUCCCGCCCCUAUUGGAUCUCUAUGUUUGUACUCAGGAUUUGUGGUCCAAAUCCUUCACACUCUCCCGAACCGUCUUCCCUUCAUUUGAAAGAGUGGGUGCGUAUCCCUGAGACUUUGCAACCCAACAAACUGAGACAGACGUCUUCAGAAUUCAACUUGGACUAAAUUCAAAGCAAAGAGUUCUGGAAGCCCACUUCUGGAAUGAAUUUAAUCCAGCCCAGCUUGUCUCGGGGGGCUCUGAUGCAUACCGGCCAGGUGUCACUCGUGAGCCCUCCGUGGGCCUCAAGGACCCCAAGUCCUGCUUCUGAUCUUGAAAUGGGUUUUGAGCACAGCAUCUCUGGAGACUGCAGCUCUCCCAGUGACCACGGAGGCACCAGGAGAACAGAGCCCAGAGGCCUUCCCACGGAAGGGGGCCAGAGUCCGGAUCUGGGGGGAAGCUCGGGCAAUGGGAAGGGUGCGGGGAGCGAGCAGAGGAUUCGUAGGCCCAUGAAUGCCUUCAUGGUGUGGGCCAAAGAUGAGAGGAAACGACUGGCCUUGCAGAACCCAGACCUGCACAACGCCGUGCUCAGCAAGAUGCUCGGCCAAUCAUGGAAGGCGUUGAAUUCUACGGAGAAGCGUCCGUUCGUGGAGGAAGCCGAACGUCUGCGCUUGCAGCAUCUACAAGACCACCCAAACUACAAGUACCGCCCUCGCCGCAAAAAGACCACAAAGAAACUCAAGCGUGUCGAACCGGGACUCUUGCUUCACAGUUUAGCCCAGAGCCACGGCAUGGGUCCUGGCAUGGUCCCCCUGGGUGGUGAAAGUGGCCAAGGAAGCUCUCCUUACGGAAAUGUGCCACACCACCAUCACACCCAUCAUCUGCUCCCCUCUCUGGGCCACUUUAGGGACCUCCAGGCACCGGGCCACCAGGAUCUGGAGAGCUAUGGCCUGCCCACCCCAGAGAUGUCCCCUCUGGAUGUUCUGGAAAACGGAGCUGGUGAAUCAGUCUUCUUCCCCCAGCAUCCACAGGAGGACACAGGGAUGGGAGGCUGGAACAGCUACCACCACCCACACCACCAUAAUUCGCAUUACGGCCAUCACUAUGGCAACCACCACAAUGCCAUGCAGAACCCGAAUCCAGGAAUGAAUUUGGCAAUGAACACUUUGAGUGCAGGUCGGAAUCCCAGAAUGACCUCAGUAGAAUCAAAUAUGGCUUCGAGUAUGAGCCCAGUUCCUUCCAACGGUUCUCGACUGAACCUCGCACAAACAUCAGGCCGCCAUAUUGCUUUGAGGAGUCCCAUAAAAUGCCCGCCGCCUCCCCAUGACUCAGUGUCUUAUCCCCAGUCCUCAGUCAGCCUCCAUGAGACAGUUAAACAUCACCAAGGUUCAGUUCCCCUCAGCUACUACGGCCAAAUGUAUGGGAGCGCAACCUCCAAUUUCACCCCGACUCACUUGGGCCAACUUUCGCCUCCUCCUGAGACCUCCCCCCCUUCCUGCUCAUCCUUCCUCCACCCUGUGCAUAUAGCAGACCAAUCCAACACAGACUCAGCGGGUCAUUUGGGACCUUCCUCAUCUGCUGAAUUCUGGUCUGAGGUGGACAGGCAUGAAUUGGACCAGUACGUGAAUACUGCGGCGAGAAAUCGAGAUGAGGUCUAUGGACAAGGCGGGGUCGGGUCCAAAGUCCUGGUCUGGUGCGGUAGCGGGGGUGUUAGCAACUCCGACCGGGAUGGCGGCAGUGAAGAAGGAGUCAGCCCCCUUAUAUCUGUUCUUUCUGAUGCUAGCAGUGCUGUCUACUACAGCGCCUGUAUCACGGGCUAACAUCUUCAUUUGGGGACGGACAUGACUGAUUCCAAUUCAUCUUAACUGUCGAGGUGCUCUUAUACCCCUGUGAUCCCUAUUAUUAUAGGAACAUGUAAAAAAAUGUGCCGGUGGUAACUGGUAAAAAAAAAGAAAAGGUCACUCAAUGUUUCAAAUUGGAGCUCAUUCCUUUGCUAAAAUAUGCUAGCUAUGUAGCUAGUUAACAGCAAGGUGGUGGUCCAGUAAGUUCCAAUAUCUGAGUCGAGAAAUAUAAACUGAUGGCGUGACUUUUCUUAGUAUAGAUCAUGUAUUAGUUUGUUUCAUUAUAUAUUUACAGUGAAAAAGGCAGAUUUUGUUUUGUUGUCACUCAAUUUCUACCACAAAAUGCGGACUUACUCACUGAUGUGUUUGCAUAAAUUUACCAUUUCGGUGCUGUGACAUCAGAAGUGACAAUUCCGCGAUGAAGUGUACUACCUAAUUAACUGGAAGACUUCGUCGUUAAGAUAGAGGAGUUUUUGCAAGGUCAAGUUAAACGCCUUUGUGGCGAUGAGGUUUAGAUGAAUGGAAGGCGCUUCUUUAACGGCCGCUUGAAGGCCAAACUCAGGAGAAAAGAGGGGAUAAUGGGAGAACUCGAUCCAACCUCCGUGUGCGUGUUUCCGGGAAAGCCUGAGCCACAAAAGCCGGGGCGGACCACUGAGGUCUCCCACAAACUAUUCGGAUGUUUUAUAGGAUGGCUUUAAGUUUGUUCCUGAGCGGGAUCAUGAUAUAUUCCCUAUUUCCUCACUUCAUGCCAACAUUUCGCUUGGCAAACAUGACCCGUGCGCAGAUUAGGAAGUCUUUCCUUUUAAUCAGUCGACAUUGCAAACAUGUCUCUUGUUUAGUUCUAUGGAACAAAAAAAGAUGGGGCUUUAGGCCUCACUCGGUAGAUCAUGGAAACUUUUGAAUUCCAAGAUCACAAUCAGCUCUGGGAUUAUUAUUAUUUUUUUUUUUUUUUACUUUUUUUUUUUUUCUUUUUGAGCACAGGCCAGAAUUGACCACAAUGUGAAAGUAGUGCAACAAAAACAUGGAAGCACAGCUAAUACAAGGCCAGUGAUUACUGCCAUGUUUUUGUUCAUGGUCUGUAAACCGCAAUGUUCACAUUGGCCCCCGAUGCUCGUACGGAUUCUUCAUGUAAGAUCAGUAUGCGAUGAAUGCGUCAUUAUAUCCCAGCAUGAGCUUCAUUUAUUUUGCUGUCUGGCUUCCCAUCCCAAAAUGCAAAGAAGAAAAUGUGACAUCUCCAGCUCUCUCUUCGAAAUUGCUUGCUCACGAGCACGUGGGAGUUUUGGAACGCCCGAUUCCACGGGGACUUUAACUGUGUAAAAUACUGUACAUAGAGCUCAUGCGUGAUUCUGUGAAGGGGAAAUUGAAGUAUGAAAUGUUCUCUUUGCACUGGGUUUGUCUUUGCUGUAUAGAAUUUCCAACUCUAAAUGUCCUUGCUUUUCAAUGUUUUGUACAAAAAAGGACUGUGAUAUUAUUCAUUUGUAUUUGAAAUAAAGACUCGUA